GGCCUCUAGGUUUGCCUUUCAGCUUCGUUGCGUCGCAGGAGGUGUAGAGAUUGCACGAGUAGCUUCUUCGGCUCCUUCGUGGCUUUUCCACUUCGCUCCUUCGACAACUUUCCCUUCCUGUCGGAUCGGAAGUUACGACAUUUUGAUCGGAAGCAACAACGGGAGCUCGCUAGCUGUGAAGAUUGGCAUGAUUUAGGUUGAAUACUGCUUGAAUCCUGCUACCAAAUUGCCCAUAGAGCUCUACUUCGCUUCUUCUUCCCCCCACGAUGGGCAUCUUUGAGCCAUACCGGGCGAUUGGUUACAUUACCGAGAGCGUGCCCUUCUCCGUGCAACGGCUGGGGACAGAAACUUUUGUCACUGUCAGCGUUGGCAAAGCAUUUCAAGUAUACGAUUGUGCUAAAUUAACUUUGGUAGCAGUUGGUCCUCAAUUGCCAAAGAAGAUCCGAGCUCUUGCUUCCAACCGUGACUAUACUUUUGUUGCUUAUGGAACUAAUAUUGGAGUUUUUGCGCGCACUGAUCAGGUUGCAACAUGGAGCAGGCACCAGGAAAAGGUUAAACUGUUGCUUGUUCUUGGAGAUUAUGUCUUAAGUGUUGAUGUUAAAGGCAAUAUUUUCAUCUGGCCAUUCAAAGAAAUUAAACAGAAUCUUGAGGCUGUUAGUCAUAUACAAUUGGAACAUGGCUUCUUACCAAGUUGUAUUAUACAUCCAGAUACUUAUCUGAAUAAGGUCAUUUUGGGUAGCCAAGCAGGCUCUCUGCAGUUGUGGAAUAUCAGCACAAGGAAGAAACUUUAUGAAUUUAAAGGCUGGAACUCACCUGUGCAUUGUUGUGUAUCAUCACCUGCCUUAGAUGUAGUCGCUGUUGGCUGUUCUGAUGGAACAAUACAUGUUCAUAAUGUUCUUUAUGAUGAGGAGGUUGUUUCCUUUACCCAUUCAACACGUGGUGCUGUUACUGCGCUAUCAUUUAGAACUGAUGGAGAACCUCUUCUAGCAUCUGGAGGAUCAUCGGGUGUUAUUAGUAUAUGGCAUCUUGAGAAGAGAAGGCUGCAAUCUGUCAUUAGGGAAGCUCAUGACUGUCAAAUUAUAUCCCUUCAUUUCUUUGCUAAUGAGCCUGUUCUCAUGAGCUCUGCUUCAGACAAUUCAAUAAAAAUGUGGAUUUUUGAUUCGACAGAUGGAGAUGCUCGUCUAUUGCGUUUUCGAAGUGGCCAUAGUGCUCCUCCGUUGUGUUUAAGAUUUUAUAAGAAUGGGAGGUGCAUUCUAUCCGCUGGACAAGAUCGUGCUUUCCGACUUUUUUCUGUGCACCAGGACCAACAAAGCAGAGAGCUUUCUCAGAAGCAUGUCACUAAAAGAGCCAAAAAACUCAGGGUAAAGGAAGAAGAAAUCAAGUUGAAGCCUGUCAUCGCAUUUGACUGUGCUGAGAUUCGCGAGCGUGACUGGUGCAAUGUUGUAACUUGCCACAUGGAUACCCCAAAGGCAUAUGUAUGGCGUCUACAAAACUUUGUAAUUGGUGAGCACAUCCUCUCACCUUCUGCGAAGAACCAGACACCAAUUAAGAGUUGUGCAAUAAGUGCUUGUGGUAAUUUUGCUAUUUUGGGAACCGAGGGCGGAUGGAUUGAAAAGUUUAACCUACAAUCUGGAAUCAGUAGAGGCAUUUAUGUGGAUACUUCUGGAUCAAAAAGCUGUGCUCAUUAUGGAGAGGUGGUUGGAGUUGCCUGUGAUACUACAAACACUAUGAUGAUAAGUGCAGGUUAUCAAGGUGACAUCAAGGUUUGGGAUUUCAAAGCGUGUAAAGUAAAAUCUAGGUUGGAGGUUGGUCGAUCAGUUACAAAGAUGGUGUACCAGAGAACAAAUGGUCUUUUGGCAACUGCAGCUGAUGAUAUGGUUCUACGUGUGUUUGAUGUUUUGUCACUUCUAAUGGUUCGUAAGUUUGAAGGGCACACAGACCGUAUCACUGAUUUGUGUUUCAGUGAUGAUGGAAAAUGGCUUUUAUCGUCAAGCAUGGAUGGAAGUCUUAGGAUUUGGGAUGUCAUCCUGGCUAGACAGAUAGAUGCUAUAUCCGUAGAUGUCUCUAUAACAGCAAUUUCUCUGUCUCCUUCUAUGGACAUUUUGGCUACUUCUCACGUUGAUCAAAACGGUGUCUAUCUAUGGGUUAAUCAGGUAUUGUUCUCUGGAUCAUUGGAUGUUGACUCCUUUGCAAGUGGGAAAAAAGUUAGAAAUGUUCAAAUGCCAUCUGUUUCUUCAACGCAAAGAUCGGAAGAUGGAGAAGAUAGAAGAGAAGAAACCCAUUGUGCUUUGGCAAAUCAACAUCUCAUAAUUGAAGAGUUUUCUAGUUCACAUUUUAAUCACCAAAUACCUGACCUUGUCACGCUUUCCUUGCUCCCAAAGAGCCAGUGGCAAAGUCUUACUAAUUUAGACAUUAUAAAGGUCCGAAACAAGCCAAUUGAGCCUCCGAAGAAGCCAGAAAAAGCACCCUUUUUUUUGCCCUCUGUACCUUCCCUUUCUGGAGAAAUAUUGUUUAAGUCUAAUGAAGUCACAAAUGGCAAAGCAAAAGAUACAGAAGUUCAGGAACCGGCACAAAACUUCAAAAAACUUGAUCUAUCCUCCCCAUUUUGUCAGCUAUUGCAAUCUUGUGCAGAUACAAAAGAUUUUUCAGCUUUCACAGAAUACAUCAAAGGUUUACCACCAUCAACCCUUGAUAUGGAGCUUCGUGUUCUUCAAAUAUUAGAAGAUGAGGACGACAAAAGCCUAAACCAAAGACCAGAAUUGCAUUCGAUUGGAUUGCUAUUGGAUUAUUUUGUUUACGAGCUUUCCUGCAAGAAUAACUUUGAAUUUAUUCAAGCUGUCAUUAAGUUGUUUCUUAAGAUUCAUGGUGAAACAAUUAGACGCCAUUCAACAAUGCAGGUGAAGGCAAUCAAGCUUUUGCAAGUUCAAAGCUUAGUUUGGCAAAAAAUAGAUAAAAUGUUCCAAAAUGUUAGAUGCAUGACCUCGUUUCUCAGCAAUUCUCAGUUAUAACUAAAAGGGUUUAAAAUAAAAGAAAACCAUGACAAUUUUAAUCAGUUGAGAGCUUUGGCUUCAUCUUGUGCCAUCUAAGGGAACCAUGCAGCAAACAGAGGCUAUCUACAGCCGAGGUUAUUGUAGCAAUCAUUUAGGUAAUUUUGUCCGUCCCCAUGCCCAAUCUCCAGUCGUAGACUUAGGCUUCAUUUGGGACGGCUUUCUUGUUGCUUCUUAAAGUAGCUUUUUAGUUCAAUAAUUAAAAUUUUUGCACUAGAAAGUUGCUUUAAGAAACAAUAAGAAAGCCGCCCCAAACAAAGCCUUAACGUUUACAUAAGUGAGGAUGGCUGAGUAUUUUUCUUUGAUUGCUAUUAACAUUUACUCUUCUCUUUGCAUUUGUAGACUUAGAUGUACUAUAAUCAUGUAUUCAUUACAAAAUGAUCUGUUGAUUCUGUUAAUGGUGAUUAUUUAUUAGUUUUUUUUUGUUUUCA